AUGUGGCCUGUAUUUCACGCUGAUAACUUCAAGACAUGGACUCCCCCUUUCCGCACAAGGUCCUCCUCCAAGCGCUCACGCCUACACUCUCCUUCCAAUGAGUCCCCUGUCAUCAAAUUUCCUCAGUCAGCCCUCCCCCAAACAUUGCCAUUGCCCAAGCAUCAGCUCCCGGCGCGGCCCCCAGCCGAGUCUCCGUCCCAGAAGUCAUCUAGGCUGCACUCUGCCACAACGCCUGCCACGACGCCUGCCACGACGCCCGCUACAUCAUCCGACACCCAGCACGCAGAGCGGCUGGAACAGUCUCCGUUCACGAUGCCAUUGAUGCCUCAAUUAAUGCGCCCUUUUUACCAGAGACGCCCUGAGAUAUAUAUCAUCACCCAGUGUGUCCAGCUCAGACGAGAGCUGGCAAGACUGGCAGACGAACAAAAUGGCAUUCCGAUCGACCCGGUGAUCCUCACCAAUAAUGGGCCCUGGGAGACAGAAGAUGAACGCCAGCAUAUUCACGCGGACGGCGAUGCCGUCAUCUCGGAGACUAUUUGUCGAUAUCCCGACCCUCCACCACUUCUCCGCGACACGCUUGCCGAGAAUAGAAACUCCAACGCAUAUCCUGAAGCACAGGAAGGAAACUUUCGGUCAGAUAACCCGCUACACAACCAGUCACACGCACAAGUAUCUGCCGAUAACAACCCCGAAGCCCACAUUCGUGCGUCCAGCAACCCCUCGAGGUCCAAACCAGCGGCCAACAGUCGAAACUCCGCAAGCGAAAGUUGCAACAGUCGCAUGGACAACCACAACUGUGCAAACGGGUCAGAGGUUCUUCUGCAACCGCCUCGAAGGAGAAUUCUUUUCAGGCGAGAAGACCGCAUUACCAUUCCGCAUCGACCGCCCGUACGCCCAAACGGAUAA